GGCACUGCGGACUGAAUCUCUGCCCCUCCUCUUGGGGCACAGGAGAGACCGCUUCAUCAUGCUGAAUUGGAAGCUACUGGGAAUACUGGUUCUUUGUCUUCUUGCAGGAGGCAUCACAGGGAGCAAUGACCAUCCUUUGCCACCAGCCCUGGAGGCCCUUGAAGAAGAGGGUGCACCAACAUGGCCACAGGGCCCACCAGUCCCUGGUGAUCCCUGGCCAGGGAUACCCCCUGUUUUUGAAGACCCCCCACCCCCAGGCCCUAGUCGUACUUGGAGAGAUCUGCCUGAAAGUGGAGUCUGGCCCCCUGAGCCCCCUAGAACAACUACUCCCCAACCUCCACGGCCUGAUGACCCCUGGCCUGCUGGACCCCAGCCCCCUGAGAAUCCCUGGCCUCCUGGCCCUGAGGUAGAUGCUCAGGAUGAGUCAGAUCUCGAUCCACCCAAGGAGGAAUACAGAUAAUUGGGUGUUCUCAGUUGCCUUCUCUCAUGCACACGAGGCCUGGUUCAUCUAACACAUCUUCCUCAUUCCCCUGGAUCAGUAAUCUUUCUGUACCUCAAUACCCCCUUAUCUUUGCCCUUCUGAUUCCACUGUCCUCCCAAAGAUUUACUCUUUCUCUCCACCUUUAAUUCCUGUUGGUCACCCCCAAAGCAUAUCCCUGCCUCAUGUUCUGACCUCUCUUUCCCGUACCAAUUCUUCCAGAAUCUCCACAACUGGGAUGGCAUAGCUGUGUUUUUCUGCCACCAUUUUGGUGGCUGUGAACAGAGAGGUGAAGAUGGACAAUACCAGAACUUCCAUGAAGUGGAAAAAUAAAACCAUACUAAUAAUC